UUAUAAAGUGGAGAAAGGGGCAGUUUUCUCAAUGGUGGAUCGUGGUCAGUUAGCGGCUGCACACAAAGACAUCCUGAAGAAAAUCGAAGUAGAAAGCGCACAUGAUAAAUGUGUGAAUGGAAUUGAGCCUGUGGCAUCUAAAAAUACUAGUACAUGCGAACAUGAUGUCACUUCUGAAGCAGAAUUUCUAGCUGGGUCAAACUUUGUUACUCCUCGGAAGAACAAACUGGCGGAAGUGGCUGCGCCUAUAGCUUCAGCAGAAGCAUUGAAGACUAGAAGUACACUGAACAGCAAAGCGCAGAAUUGUGGUUCAGUUGCUGGCAGUUAUAGCAAGUCAGCUUCGAAUACCAAAUCUGCUCCAGGUGGUUCUACUAAUCAGGCAGCUGGCAGUUCAAGGAAGCGGGCAAGAAAAGGGUGGACUACGCUGAAGCAGAUUGCUGAGAAGGAGGAGCUUGAGAGAAAAGAGAAGAUGGAUAACUUUGUAAUCCCGUUCUUCAUGCAGUAGAACAUCUUUUACAGUUGGCCCCUGCCUGCUGUAAACGUUGGGCUGGAAGAACAGUUAAUUCACAGAGGCAAAGAUACAACUUUCUUUGCUCCAUGAUAUUGUCGCUAUGCCAUGAUUUGAUGAGGAUUCUUAUUCUUUGAUGUAAUGAUGCUGGAACUGCCGCUGCUAUUGGCUUGAUCUA